AUGGCGAGCGCCGGGACCGGGAACGCUCGAGCGAAGACGGCGGUCGUGGUCGAGGAUGGGGAGGUGAAGACGUCGACGUGGUUGAGGAUGAAAUCAGUCGCCGCGCUCGCGGGCGUCGUGGGGACGACGGCGAUCCAGGUGGCGUUCCCGGAGCGCGCGAGCGCGUUAUCCAUCAGAGACCCGGUGUUCGGCGACAUCGAGGUGUGGCAGUUCUUGGUGCUCACCGCGGGAUACUUCAUCGGGAUCGAGUUCUACCUCGAUAACAAGUACGACGAGACGAAGCAACCCAUCAUGCCGAGCGUGCAAAAGAAGAAGGAGGAGACGGAGGAAGAAAAAGCGGAGUGA